UUACAUUUGUUUGAGAUCAAGUCUCUCUCUAAUGUGUGAUAAUACUUGGGAACAGAUUUCCAAAAUUAAAAUCACUUGGAGCUGAUUUCUUGGUGUUUUUAGUAUUUUAUGUUCAAGAAUAAUAAAAAAAUAACAAUAAUACUAAUAAUAUAAAACGUGUAAUAUAAAUAAUAUAAAUCAACUAAAAAAAUCGGGCCGCGGGACGCCAGUUGGAGAACCCUGACUUUGCGCUAGUAGAAGGCAAGAGAUGGAGAGAAGACCAGCCUCCGUUGGGCCGAUUGCGUUAGCUACCCACUCUGAGCCCAUAUGUAUGUGUAUUUUUUCAUUUGCAGACGUCUGUUAAAUUCUUACUGACAAAAACAGUGUGGGUUAGCGUUAGCUAGUUAAUUCUCGUGAUGGAUUCGCGAAUAUCAGGCGGGACCGGUGUCGUUGGUACAACCGCUAACGUUAGAUCAAAUUUGCCUAACGUUAGAUCAAAUUUGCAAGGACCCAGUUCAGGUAACGGGAGAAGGAUGACGUCCAAAAAAACGCGUUCUAAAAAAGGGAAAAGAAGAAAGAGACGGAGGAGUAAAAAGACGAAGACCAACAGAACACCACCAUAUUUACCACCGGAGGCUGAAGAGGGAAACAUUGAAUAUAAGCUGAAGUUGGUGAACCCCACACAAUACCGCUUUGAGCACCUGGCCACCCAGUUAAAAUGGCGUCUUCAAGAGGGACGGGGUGAGGCGGUGUAUCAGAUUGGGGUGGAAGACAAUGGCCUGCUUGUCGGACUGUCAGAGGGAGACAUGAAAGCCUCGCUGAAGACCCUACGGAGGAUGGCAGAGAAGGUUGGUGCUGACAUCACACUUCUACGAGAAAGAGAGGUGGAUUACGACUCGGACAGAAGCUGCCGGAAAAUCGCAGAGGUUCUUGUCCGAAAAGUUCCAGACGACCAACAGUUCUUGGACCUGCGUGUGGCGGUGCUGGGAAACGUGGACUCCGGGAAAUCCACACUGUUGGGCGUGCUGACGCAAGGCGAGCUGGACAACGGGCGAGGCCGGGCACGCCUCAACCUCUUCAGGCACCUUCACGAAAUCCAAACGGGCAGGACAUCCAGCAUCAGCUUUGAGAUUUUGGGCUUCAAUAGCAAAGGGGAGGUGGUGAACUACAGUGACUCCCGUACAGCCGAAGAGAUUUGCGAGAGCUCUUCUAAAAUGAUCACCUUCAUUGACCUGGCCGGCCACCACAAGUACCUGAAGACCACCAUCUUUGGCCUCACCAGCUACUGCCCAGACUUCGCCAUGCUGGUGGUCAGCGCCAACACAGGCAUAGCUGGCACCACCCGGGAGCACCUAGGCCUGGCCAUGGCACUUAAGGUGCCCAUCUUUAUCGUGGUCAGCAAGGUGGACCUGUGCGCCAAGGGCACGGUGGAACGCACAGUACGCCAGCUGGAGCAUGUCCUCAAGCUGCCCGGCUGUAACAAGGUGCCGAUGGUGGUGGCCAGCCCGGACGACGCUGUCACAGCUGCCCAGCAGUUCGCUCAGUCCUCCAGCAUCACACCCAUCUUCACCCUGUCCAGCGUGUCUGGAGAGAGUCUGGACCUGCUUAAGGUCUUCUUCAACAUCCUGCCUCCUCUCAGCAACAGCAAGGAGCAGGAGGAGCUCAUGCAGCAACUCACUGAGUUCCAGGUAGAUGAGAUCUAUACAGUGCCAGAUGUGGGGACAGUGGUGGGAGGAACUCUCUACAGUGGGGUGUGUCGCGAGGGGGAGAGGCUGGUGGUUGGUCCUACGGACGAGGGCCGUUUCCUGAGGCUGAAGGUGGGCAGCAUCCAUAGGAACCGCUCGGCAUGCAGGGUGCUGAGAGCCGGCCAAGCCGCCACACUGGCCCUGGGCAACUUUGACCGCUCGCUGCUCCGCAAGGGUAUGGUGAUGGUCAGCCCGAAGAUGAACCCCACCAUCUGCUGGCAGUUUGAGGCGGCCAUCGUCCUUCUCUUCCACGCCAAAACAUUCCGUCGGGGCUUCCAAGUGACCGUGCACGUGGGGAAUGUAAGACAGACGGCCACCGUGGAGUGCCUGCAUGGAAAGGAGGAGCUGCGCACAGGCGAGAGGGCCGUGGUCUGCUUCCGCUUCAUCAAACACCCGGAGUACCUCCGCAUGGGCGCCAAGCUGCUCUUUAGGGAGGGCGUGACCAAGGGCAUCGGCCACGUCACCAGCCUCCUGCCCAACUCACACAACCAUGACCAGAACCAGAUCCACGACCAGAACCAGAGGGAGGUAGAGAAAUAGAGAGGAGGAAAAAGGAGGGAAGGAGAGGAAAUGAUAAGCUCUCCUGAACAUGCCUCCCCCCUCAGAGUAAGUUUGUGUGAACUGCCGGCGCCGGACGUCAUCCCAGUAGAUUGGUAUUGAACCACACACUGGUAUUUUAAUCCCCAUUUGUGUGUAUCUAAGUGUGUUUGUACUGUACUUUCCUCAUCUGCCCUUCGUGCCAUGUAGAGAUGUGAAGCCCCAUUGAAACCCUUGAUCCUUCUCAGUGGUGGAUUCUGGAGCGGCGAGUGUGGGUUUGAUGAGUGUGGGUUCAGCCGCACGGCAAAGCUCGGCGAGUGUGGGUUUGAUGAGGGUGGGUUCAGCCGCACGGCAAAGCUCGGCGUCUUAAAUCGAAGCCGGGUGACCUCUUGGAAGGCAGGCUAAGCUUUCAUCUAAUCUGCUGUGCAUUGCUUGAAGGAACCAUUCCCAUCCCUCUCUGGCUCCAAACACCAGAGGGUAAUUUCCAAACAGAUACAAUAGAUCAAAUGCAUGCUCUCCCCGUUUUACUUGGACUGGACAAUGUGGAACAUACUCAGUAUACCCAUCCUUCGGAGGUUUAAAGGGAUAGUUUUAAACGUUUUAGCUCAUUGUCGAUUUACCUAAGGCAGGGUUUCCCAAACUCGGUCCUGGGGCCCCCCCGGGUGCACGUUUUAGUUUUCGCCCCUAGCAUUACACAGCUGAUUCAAUUAACCAACUCAUCAUCAAGCUUUGUUUAUUUGAAUCAGCUGUGUAGUGCCAGGGCACAAACUCGGCCCCAUUUAGCAACGUCAAGAAUGGCUAGCAUUUUUGGCGCAUGUAGCAAUGCUAGUGUAAACAGGUUGUAUCAGUUAGCAUUGCUUUCAAAAGCAUGGGGAAAGCAAGGGAGUGGACCAGUGGGCGUCCUGUCUGCAAAAGGAAAAAGUAUUUUACCAUGCUUUUGAAUGCAAGUUUCCUUCCAUCCUUUUUCUAAAAGAUGACGUGGUUUACUCUCUGCACUUCAUUCGUCUUGAUUAGUAUUAAGGAAAGGUAGACCACGUGCCGCCCAUUUUGGUGACGCAAAUAAGUGGCACUAGCACCAACCGUAAAUGCUGCCAUGCUAAUUUUCUAAAUGUGAAAUUCAACUAAGUCUGUGUAGGGCAGCAAUAAUGUGUGAGGUUUGAGAAUGAGCAGAGUCAAUACGCUCGGCGUAGUCAAGUGACGGUUGCAUUGCAAACCCGUUCUUAAAGAAAUGCAGGGGCAAGUAUUUUAAGUGAUGAGAUGUUUUUCAUAGCAGCGACGCCGCUUUUGUAACCCUGUUAUGUCAACCCAUUGAACCCAAUGAUGUCAUAGAUUCAGGCUAGUCUGUGGACAAGGCAGCUUUGUGCAGCUAGAUACCCAUGUGUAGAGUCUGCAUGUUAAAUGGACUCCUAAAUGACAAAUAUUUAUUGAACUCUUGACUUUAUCCCUAUUCUUUACGAGGUUGUGUGCAAUCAUAACUAAAGCAUUGAAUGUACUGUACAUUAACUUCUAAAUACUAUUUUGAAGCACUAAAAUUGUAGUCAGUUGUCGAUUUUGCACUUUGUAUUUUUGGAAUAGCUUCUGCAUGUUUGUGUAGGCCAGAGGGUACCGAACCUAGUCCGGGAGAGCUGGAAGGUGUGCAGUAGUGAAACACCGGAUUCAAUUUAUCAUGGUGUUGAUGCGUAUUGAGGUCUUGGUGACCACUGAUGGAUGCCGUUUAUUCAAGUAACAGCUGAUCUUUACAGUAUCUUAUAUGUUUACGGUCAUAAGAAUUAUACACAUGUAGUACAGAAAGCAUGCAGAGCGCUUUUCUUUUAGAUUAUAUAUAAAAUAUAAUUAUUAGCUUCUUCAGUUGAGACAAGUGGCAAGUUUGCAGUAUGUGUAUGCAUUGCAUCAAGGUUGUGUAAAUAAUAUUAAACAUGUUUUAUCGUGA